GCCUGAUAGAAGUAUGACAAGUCAGGCUGCUGAAUGAAGCUCUCUAUUUCUUUUUAUAUGCAGGGAAGUUGAAAAAGAAGCAGUCGGCCAAGAUGUCGGGAGAUGUGGGCGAUGGUUCAAGGAAGGUCAUGACGCUGGACGAUCUUAUCGAAGCCUUGGACAGGCGAGAAAGGGCGCCGAGCAAUGUUCCGAAGGUUGAUACGUUCCACUUCAAUAGAGAGCAGGUCUCCGAUUGGCUGGACCUGGUUGAGCAGGCGCUGGUGGGGUUGUCACAUAAAGUAAAAUUCCAGCGAAUUUUGAGCUAUGGAGAAAGAAGUGCAAAGCUCACCUGGGCUACCAUUGAUAAGGGAGUGGAGGAUGAAAGUUUGGACCAGGUAGAGCAACACCAAAUGCGCCUGCAGAGGCGGAAGAGGAAGGAAAGGGACGCCACCGUAUCUGGGACCCCGGGGGUAAAGAGGAUCGUCACGGACGUGCUAGCAGAGUUAGGAUAUGGCAAGGAUGCUGAGGUGCAGAAAAAGGUGGUGACCGUGGUCCAAGAUCGGGUGUCGAAGGUGGUGGACGAGAAGACCGGACACGAGGAUUACGGUAGGGAGGAGACAGGCUCCCAGGUCCUGACCAAGGCGCAGCACAAGCAGCGCAAUCUAUUGAUAGGCGGGCAAGGCUCUGGAAAGGGGCAGAUCCCGCAGACGAUCGCGGCGCCUCCGGCCGCUGCCAUGAGUGCGCCUAUGUCAGCAGGGCCCUCGAUAAUGGGGCCACCGGCAUCAUACGGACACUGGUUGCCCUAUUACCCCAUGGCGCCCUGGCCCCUGGACACGAGGAUUACGGUAGGGAGGAGACAGGCUCCCAGGUAUCGCAGGCUAGCGUGGUUGGAGGAGGGAACCAAGGGCAAGGAGGGCAGAGCGAUGGAGGCCACGAUCAGGGAGGUCGAGAAGGCGGUGGCCAAGGCCAAGGAAGGAACGGCAGGGGUCGUGGCGGUGGAUGGAAUGGCCAAGGGGGCCAGUACCAAGGAGGCCACGGUGGUCAGGAAGGGGGCCAAGGGUAUGGAAGGCCCCGCUUCGAUUGACGGAAUGCCAUCUGUCGGCAUUGUGGCUAUCAAGGCUAAACCAUACGGUUUUGCCAAGGGCGGCGGGACGAUGAGGUCUCCGGCACCCCCUCGAAAGGAGCCUGAGCCCGAACGCAGAAGGGAGGUGGUGGAAGUCCCGGAAGAGGAAGAGGAAGAUGACGACGAGGAGGAUGAGAGGCUCCGGCAAGAGGAAAACCGGCGGGCGGAGCUAAGAGCUAGGAAGAGAGGGGUUCAGGAGGAAGCUGAGCCAAGCCAUCCUGACAGCGUACCUAAGAGGAAGAAGUACGCGGUUCGGUUGGAAGAGUGUUUUGAUGUGGAAAGGAUGGUAGACAGACUCCUGGAAGGCCACAAUGACCUACUGAAUUUGAAGGACAUUUUGGCGUUAGCCCCAAGGCUCCUUGAUGGUUUGAAGGGGCGGCUCUCGCAAAGGUUAGUACCCAAUGUCCAUCUAAGUACGAUCCUGCUGAGGGAGGUAGAGUGGACUGAAGCAGGGACGAGGAUGGACUGGAAGUGUGUGGCGUGUGGCCAGGUGGAUUUGGUGGUGAAGGAUCAGAAGUGCAGCGGAAUUGUGGAUACAGGCGCAGAGAUGAACAUCAUCCGGGAUAGGGAAGCGAUCAUGUUGGGAAUGGAGAUCGACCGUUUGGACCAUGGUAUGCUACAUGGCGCCAAUUGCAAGGUGGUCUUUUGUGGCACGGCGUCCAAUGUGAUCGUAGAAAUUGGCAAGGGAGGCUUUGACCUGACCGGAUGUGGAGGCAAUAAUGCAGAGGUUGAGAGCUUCGCCGGUGGGACGCUAUGGUUUGCCUAUCCGACUGGAGGAAGGCAAUGCGGAGGAGUUCAUUCCAGCCUACGAGCAGUAUAUGUGCGAUCAGGGGACCAUGCAGGAAGAGUGGAUGUAGACGUUGCUCCUUUGGACGUGAAGGGCAGACAAGCCAUUGGCAAGACAGAUUCGGGAUAGGGCGCGUGAUUGGAAAGAUUGUCAGGCUCAGUUGAGGCAGGCGUUCCGAUGGUCGGAGCCUG